CACAAUCAAACAACACACAGGCGGGUGGACUGGUCCGGUCGCCGGCGUGACGCACCUCAACCGGCUACAGAGCGCCCCCCCUCGGCCAGCUCGGCCAGCGGUGGAGGCCCACCAGGCGACCUGUCCAUCCGACCAUCCCGUCCACGUCGGUGGAGGGCGAUCGACCAGCUGCCAACAACACCCACACACUCACUCCCCAGCAACAAUGGCAGCAUCAAACGACAUUAUCGGUUACGUCUACGCCGCGCUCGUCAUCACCGGCGGCCUCAUCGGCUUCAUCAAGCGCGGCUCGACCAUGAGCCUCGUUGCGGGCGGCUCGACGGGGCUGCUGGCUGGCUACGGCGCUUUGCGCGCAAGCCGCAACCCCAAGGACGUCUACGUCGCCCUCAGCGUCGCUGUCCUCCUCACCGUGCUCAUGGGCAGCCGGUUCGCGCGCUCGGGCAAGUUCAUGCCCGCUGGACUGGUUGCGGCUCUGUCGCUCGCCCAGACGCUCCGCUACGGCGCGCGUCUGCGUGCAUGAGUGGUGCUAUUAUUAUAGCGAAUGUACGCGUGGUGAAGUCCAUGAUCUGGGUGCGGUGCGGUGUGGCGGUGGCGUGGCGGGCCUGGGUCUACUCAAGCCCACUGCCACUGCUUAUGGUUCCUCGCAGUGCGCCCGCACGCCUGAUGCGCAGCUCGCAACUCACCUUCGACGCCCACAGAACGCGUCUGCCCACACUCUGGGUGUCAUGAAAAGCUGCUUCUGCGCGUCAUGAAUCUGGCCGGUUGCUUGGCCGUCAUGGUUCCGGCCGUCGGUCGCGUCGUUCUCUCCCUGACGCGGGUUGACGUCGCCUGUCAGAGUUUGUAUCGGGUUUCAAGCCAGA